GCGAUUGUGAGCCUUCAAUAAACCAGAAAGGAUCACUGUGUUCGUCAGCAGAGCUAGCUGUAGCUUUGUUUGAUUACAGGUUUGAUUUGUGACUUUGCAGCAAAAAUGUCUUCGGCUCAGUCUCUGAGACAUUUUAUCACAGAGCGACUGACCGCUGCUGCUGAAGAAAUAUUCGCAGAGUUUGAUAAAACCAUCGUUCGGUACGAGGAAGAGCUGGAUCGCCAGCGAAAACUGUUGGAAUUCUGCUGGAACCCACAAAUAAAGCUACAGAGAAUAGACCUCCCACAGCAUCGUUUCUGGAGAAACCAAGAGGAUUUAAGGGAUCAGCAGGUCUACAAUCAGGAUAACUCAGGUUUGCAUCAAGAGGAACCAGAACCGUUCCAAACGAUGGAGAGCCUUGAAGAUCUAGAACCUGAACAGAUGCAAGAGAAACAAGAACUUUGUCAUAUUAAAGAGGAACAAGAACAACAGCAUCCUCUACAAAUAAAAGACCUCCCACAGCCUCAUCUCCGGAAUAACCGGGAGAAUUUAAAUGAGCAACAGAUCUACAAUCAUCGAGAGGAACCAGAACCGUGCCAGACGAUGGAGAGCCUUGAAGACCUUGAACCUGAACAGAUGCAAGAGAAACGAGAUGAACAAGAACUUUAUCCUAUUAAAAAUGAACAGGAACAACAGCAUCCCCUACAAAUAAAGGGUGAACAGGAGGAAUUGUGUAUCGGUCUAGAGGAAGAGCAGCUUGAAAUGAAGCAGAUGAUGAAUACUUUUAUGGAAAUUCCUACUUAUGAGGAAAGAUUCCACAGGGAACCAGACCCAGAUGUGGACCACCUCCUUGUCCAAACAUCUUCUGAUUCUGAUAACCAAAGUCAGGAAGAGAUAGAUCAUUAUGACACAAAAUCAAGGACAGAAACACUAAAUAAUAAUAGGCAUCAGAAAAUCAGAGGUCAGAGUGAUGAUGUACAAAGUCCAAGUUUAAAACGACAGCAGAACACAAAUAAGAUUAUGCUGUCUUGUAAGAUAUGUGGAAAAUCUGCUGUUUAUGGGACUUUGACGGACCAUAUGAAAACUCACACAGGUGAGAAGCCUUUUUCAUGUUUGACUUGUGGAAGAAAGUUUUCUGAAAAAAGAAGUAUGCUUAGACACAUUAGAGUCCAUACAGGUGAAAAACCUUUCCAAUGUCUGACUUGUGGAAAAAGGUUUUCUCUGAAAGAUACUUUGUCCAGGCACAUAAAAAUCCAUACAGGUGAGAAGUCUUACUCAUGUUCAGUUUGUGGAAAACGUUUUAUUCAGAGUUUUGGUUUGACUCGUCAUAUUAGAACUCACACACGUCAGAGACCCGUCUCCUUCUCCUGUCUGGUGUGUGGACAAGAGUUUAGUGAUAGGAAAUCUUUAUUUCAUCACAGUAGAAAUCACACAUGAUAAAGGCCUUGCUCAUGUAGGACCCUUUGGAAAGGAUUAUUUUAUUAGGUCAUUCAGAGAUAAUCUAAUCCAUUAAGAUCCGAAUAGCACAAAAUAUUAUCUAUUAUUUUCAGUGCUACUUGAUUUGUGCAGGUUGAAUUGUCGUUUAUGUUGAUUUGGUUUUAAGAUGUUAUCAUUACAGCAAAUUAACAUUGCCAUACCAGCAAGCACUAGUGCUGAGCUUUUUUCAGGAUAUAAAGCUAUUGCAUAACGUAGCAUGUCAUUCCUGUGCAGGUAUUGAAUAUAACCGUGGGCAUUUUCACCUUAUUUAGUGGCUGGAAUGAUUGUUUAAUAUUUAGUAAAAUCACCAGCCUCCCAGACCCUUCAGUUUGGACCUGCUGUUACCACUGGCAACCCCAUUGCUUUUCCUGUUAAGGUCUCGCUGUAGGUGUUUAACAAUAAAAGCACAGGUGAAACUUAACGUCAAGGACUGCUGCUAAAUUGCUCUUUAUGCACAACUUUAGAAUCAGUUUUGAGGUGCCAUGAAUUUCUGGAAAAGCCCAGGAAGCAAUGAA